AUGGAUCCGCUGCUGCUGCGAAUAAGAGUGGACGAUUCAGUGGCUGAGUGCCAGGCUUUGAUUGUCAAGCUUGACACCGCCAUUACUACGCUUCUAAACUAUUUGGAGCGUCUGGAAAAACAGAAGAAGAACGGGAACGGAUUCGAAGAAAUUAGCAGAAACAUCCAGAAACUCAUUGAGACGAAGAAGAGAGCGCGUAAGCAGGCCCAGGAUGUAAAGGAGUUUGAGGCCGAUAUUGACAUUUUGGUAAACGGAUUUAUGAGGAAACCAUCGCCACCGCAUAUGUUACAGACCAUGAUGAUUGACGCCGAUCAGGAAUAA